CGUCCGGAGCCAUCGGACGGACGAGAACCCACUUGCCGCCGCCGAGCAUCGAGCCUCGUGGAUCGCUAGAUUGCAUCUCCGGGGCUGUCGUGGGCGCUUCUCCGCCGUCCUUUUUCUCCGCCGCCCUGACCGGCCAUCGCUCGUCGGAAGCGGCUCCGCGUUGCGGGCGACAAACGCCUCCCUUGGUCGCGGCUUGGUCGGGGUUGGUGUCUCGUGGCAGGAGGUGGACUCGGUAGCCUUCGAGCUGGAGGACAAGGAAGACGUAGGGUUCUUCUGCGGAGACUUUUGGUGCGAUCUCAUGGAAGCCAAGGCGAAGCCGGAGAAACCAAUUGAGGAUUCAAUGAGGAAAUUGAAGAUCGAUGCAUCGAUGAAAGUCAACAGUAUCAACGUGUCUGGGGCACAAGGUGCAAGCCAAUCUGAUUCAAUAUCCUGCAUCUCCUCAGGAGAUGCAACGAGCAGCAUCAAAGAAACUGAGGUGGAUCAAGAGCCUUUGAUGGGUGACCAGGGCAUGCAUUACUACGGCUACUAUUAUCCAGGAUCUACUGGUUUUUUGGGGGAAUGGGACAAUCGAUUUUGUGUCCAGAGAACUGACAACUUGCAAGUUCAGCAUCCUGGUAUUCAAGCAGAUAAUGGUUCAGUUAUGUACUACUUCCCAGGUUAUCAAGCUGGAUACACUCCUUACAGUCCACUCUUACCUGGAGCGAUGUAUGGUGUAGACGGACAAUUCUUGAGCCAGUCAUAUUGUCCAAAUCUAAUAUCCCCUCAAGCACUUGUUUCUCCAGGACCUCUUCCACAGCAAGUUGCUUAUGGACCUGAGUUGGUUCCGGCAUACCCAUGGGACCCAUCUUUUUUCUUUGCAGACGAGAUUCAAGGGAGCAGAUUUGCGGUGGAUCCAACAAAGCCACAUUAUAGACCAAAUCUUUCAUCUGAGGGUCAUACCGUUGCUCCUUCGAGAACAUUUCCGGCCUCAAAAUCAGCCUUGGGAACAAAAGGGUCCUCACUAGUGUCUGAUAUGUCACAUCCUACUAUGAUUCAUAAUCAAUCUCAGAAACCUACGAAGAAGGCUUCUGCUGCUGUUCUCUCCAACGGUUAUGAUCCGGUGAACAAGUUUAAUGCAUAUGUUAACCAAGGGAAAGGUCCACUAUUUUAUCCGAGCAGCAUCAUUGACAUGAAAGAAAAUGGACAAAGCUGGGUUGAUGAUGUGAAGCUGAAAGUUAGAAAUAAGCUAAAUAGCUGUGGCGAUCUUGACUUGCUGAAUGAACAGAAUCGUGGCCCCAGAACAAAUGGUACCAAAAGUGCCUCUCAGGCUGAUAUUGAUUCUCUCAAAACGCUUGAUGUUAAGAAUGAUGGUGACAGCAUUUCAGUUGCUAUUAUUAACAAGGAUGAAUACAACCGGCCUGAUUUCCAGACAAAAUAUGAGCAUGCUUUAUUUUUUGUAAUAAAAUCAUAUAGUGAGGAUGAUAUUCACAAGAGCAUAAAGUAUAGUGUUUGGGCUAGCACACCAAAUGGGAAUAAAAGGGUCGACAAUGCUUUUCAAGUUGCACAAGAGAAGAUGACAGAAAAGGGUGGCAACUGUCCGGUGUUUCUCUUCUUUUCUGUCAACGCAAGCGGUCAGUUCUGUGGUGUAGCUGAAAUGACUGGCCGAGUUGAUUUCAGUAAGAAUAUGGACUUUUGGCAACAAGACAAGUGGAAUGGAUUUUUCACAGUAAAGUGGCACAUAAUUAAAGAUGUGCCAAACCUGCAGUUCCGUCACAUAAUUUUGGAGAAUAAUGACAACAAGCCUGUUACAAACAGCAGGGACACACAAGAGGUGAAAUUUUCCCAAGGUAUUGAGAUGUUAAGCAUUUUUAAGAGUCAUUCCUCCAAAACAUCUAUAUUGGAUGAUUUUGGCUUUUAUGAGAAUCGGCAAAAAGGAAUGCAAGAUAAGAGGAACAAGCCAACUACUCCACCUUUGGUGAAUUCACUGCCUAAAAAUGUUGAAUCAACCAAAGUCCCAAGGCUAGGUGAUUCAAAGUCCCAGCCGCCCGACCUUGUGUCAGUUGAGGUGAAGGAAGGACUCCAGACUGGGAUUGCUUCGAGGAAGUGAUCUCCUAGGAACUCAGGUGCUUAUCUGAACUGGAAAUCGUACAGCUGCAAGAUCUGGAAGUUCACGAGAUGAAUUGCUGCUGCCGAAGAACACAUCAAUUUGGUGGGAGUUGAAGGAAAAAUAAAUAGUGCCAACAGUGGGAAAUAAGAACAAGGGCCCAUUUGGAAUAUCUCCCCAUGAGCAAUCGUACAAUGAUCCGGGAGAAAUCAAACUGCUUUUAGCAAUGUGCCAGACAGGCAUUCGGGUGAACUGGAGCCCGAUGAUCCUGCAAACUCUGGAGGUGGAAAGACUAGGAUUCUUAUUUCUUCUCCGAAUGUUGUUGGGCACCCCGCCCCAUGUUCUUCCUCGGGGAAUCGAGGAGGCCAGAUUGUUGUUGGGUUGGUGGCUGUUCUCUCCCUGCAGGUUGGUAAAAGCUUUGGAGUAAAAUGGGUGUAUCCCAAGCUUUGCUUGGUCACCAAGUUAAGUUGUAUGAUCGAAACUCUAAAGAAAGAGCAAAAAAUGCAAAAGAAGCUUUUAGCGCUUCUCUUCCCUUUACGCGUGUCGAUGUCUGUAGUUAGUGUGAUCGUUCAAGAAAAAUAUUGUAUCAUCAAUAAUUUCUAGCUGGAACACAAAUUAUGUUUGCAUUAUGUCAUCAAUAUUAUACCCCAUCAAUCAUUA